UACAUAUAUUUUAUUUACGGUCACGUCGCUUAAAACUUUUUAUUUUUUAAUAACCGCCUAAAAUGUUGCUAAAACUACAUAAACUGUGUGGAAAACACGAAAGAUACCUCAGCACCAGCCUUGCGGCCUCACAGUCAUUCAGAAAAUGGUACCAGCAGCUCUGGACAACGAAGCGCACGAACAUGCCGCCUUACGGCCACUUCACACAGAUCGGAGACCCCGUGUUGCGCGACCGGGCAGCGGUGGUGCCAGCGGAAUGUGUGGAUAGCAAGGAGGUCCACGCCAUUGUGGAUCAGAUGGUGCAUGUGUUGCGCAAAUACGACUGUGUGGGCAUUGCGGCGCCUCAAAUUGGCGUAUCUUUGCGCAUCAUUGCCAUGGAAUUUAGGCGAAGCAUAAAACAAGACCUGUCAGAGGCGUCAUACAAAGCGCGGCAAAUGUCCGAGCUGCCAUUGACUGUGCUCAUCAAUCCAAAGUUGACUGUGACCAACUAUACCAAGCACAAGCAUCCUGAAGGCUGCAUGAGCGUUCGCGGUUUCUCUGCGGACGUUGAGCGCUAUGAGGGUGUGAAGAUCUCAGGUGUGAACAGACAAGGUGCCCACACUGAGCUGGUACUGAGCGGCUGGAAUGCGCGUAUUGCCCAGCACGAAAUGGAUCAUUUGGAUGGCAAAUUAUACACCGAUCACAUGGAUCGUUCCACCUUUACGUGCACUUGCUGGGAGGCAGUUAACACCAAAUCUGGACGUGUGGAAAUACCAUUUUACAAAUAGUUCAUAUUGUUAUAACU